GCCAGGGGCCGCUGUGGAGCGGCCUCACGGGCCCACGCUGUCUGGACAGCGAACGGCCGGUCCCUCUUGAGCACGGCCUUGCCGGUUUGGCGGGGUGAAAGGUUGCGAAGAUGGCGACGGCCUUGAGCGAGGAGGAGCUGGACAAUGAAGACUAUUACUCGUUGCUGAACGUGCGCAGGGAGGCCACUUCCGAAGAGCUGAAAGCGGCCUACCGAAGGCUGUGUAUGCUUUACCAUCCUGACAAGCACAGAGACCCGGAGCUCAAAUUGCAGGCGGAGCGACUGUUUAACCUCGUUCACCAGGCUUAUGAAGUGCUCAGUGACCCCCAAACCAGAGCCAUCUACGAUAUCUAUGGCAAGAGAGGACUGGAAAUGGAAGGAUGGGAGGUUGUGGAAAGGAGGAGGACACCAGCCGAAAUCAGAGAAGAGUUUGAGCGGCUGCAGAGAGAAAGGGAAGAGAGGCGGCUGCAGCAGCGAACCAACCCCAAGGGGACCAUCAGCGUUGGCAUUGACGCCACUGACCUUUUUGAUCGCUACGAGGAGGAGUACGAAGAUGUGUCCGGAAGUGGCUUUCCACAGAUUGAAAUUAACAAGAUGCACAUAUCCCAGUCCAUUGAGGCACCCUUGACAGCUUCAGACACAGCCAUCCUCUCUGGAAGCCUCUCAACCCAGAAUGGGAACGGAGGGGGUUCCAUUAACUUCGCGCUCAGACGAGUCACUUCGGCGAAGGGCUGGGGAGAGUUAGAAUUUGGAGCUGGGGACCUGCAGGGGCCUUUAUUUGGCCUAAAGUUGUUCCGUAAUCUCACACCAAGAUGCUUUGUGACGACAAACUGUGCUCUGCAGUUUUCGUCCCGUGGCAUCCGGCCUGGCCUCACCACUGUCCUGGCCCGGAACCUGGACAAGAACACGGUGGGCUACCUGCAGUGGCGCUGGGGCAUCCAGUCGGCCAUGAACACCAGCAUCGUCCGGGACACCAAGACCAGCCACUUCACUGUGGCCCUGCAGCUUGGAAUCCCUCACUCCUUCGCGCUGAUCAGCUAUCAGCACAAAUUCCAGGAUGACGAUCAGACUCGCGUGAAAGGAUCCCUUAAGGCAGGCUUCUUCGGGACAGUGGUGGAGUACGGAGCAGAGAGGAAGAUCUCCAGGCACAGUGUUUUAGGUGCAGCUGUCAGCGUUGGAGUCCCACAGGGCGUUUCUCUCAAAGUCAAGUUAAACAGGGCCAGUCAGACCUACUUCUUCCCCAUUCACCUGACGGACCAGCUGCUCCCCAGCGCCGUGUUCUACGCCACCGUGGGGCCCCUCGUGCUCUACUUCGCUCUGCACCGCCUGGUCAUCAGACCCUACCUCAGGGCUCAGAAGGAGAAGGAGCUGGAGAAGCAAAGGGAAAGCAUAGCCACCAACAUCCUGCAGAAGAAACAAGAGGCAGAAGCUGCUGUUCAGCUGAUGCAGGAAUCUGUCCGAAGAAUAAUCGAGGCCGAAGAGUCCAGAAUGGGGCUCAUCAUCGUCAACGCCUGGUACGGGAAAUUUGUCAACGACAGGAGCAAGAAGAGCGAGAAGGUGAAGGUGAUUGACGUGACUGUGCCCCUGCAGUGCCUGGUGAAGGACUCCAAGCUCAUCCUCACGGAGGCCUCCAAGGCCGGGCUGCCUGGGUUCUAUGACCCAUGUGUGGGCGAAGAGAAGAACCUGAAAGUGCUUUACCAGUUCCGAGGUGUCCUGCAUCAGGUGAUGGCGCUCGACAGCGAGACGCUCCGGAUACCAAAGCAGUCUCACAGAAUUGAUACCGAUGGAUAAACUGCUUGAGAAACCAGAUUUAAACGAGGCUACAAAAAAACCUUUCCCUGGGAGUCUACAAAUUUGGAAACAGGAAAAAACUCCAGACGUCAGAUGUGUUUAUUAUGUAUUUCUGUAGAAGGUGGCACUGUAUCAAUUAUGUGAAGGGACCCGCAGGCACCCCGCUUUCCCGGUGCUGUAGGUAGGACUGAGGCAGCCCCACCCGGACCGGAACCACAGCACAGCCCGUGUCUGUUCCCAAGGAUCGUGUCCUGCCAGGAAGGGCCCUGGGCCCCUGGAGCCUCCGGGUCCCUCCCCAGGUUCCUCAGCACGCGUGCCGGCUGUGACCCCCCCAGUAGCUCUUGGUCUGCCGUGAGGUACUUAUGAACACCUUGCCCUCACGCAUAGGACUGUGAACUACUUUUCCUGAAAUCCACACUGAACGUGGAAAACGAAAUGGAAGGAAGGAGUCCCCACGAGCAGAAUCUCCCAGUCAAGUGAGCAUCUGUUCGGUCAGCUUCCUGAAAACCACCUUUUCCUGCUGAAAUAUCACUAAGUGAAUCUGGAGAGGAUUGUGUGGGUUUAUAAAUCUGCUUUUUAUCUGAGAACAAAUGGUUUUGGAAAUUAGUCUCUUUUUUUCCCCUCCCAGAACUCAAGCCAUUCCACUGGCACCUGGCUUGGGACAGAGGGUGGAACUCCGGGUCCCAGGAGCCACCCGUGUCCUCGCAGGAAAAUGCGAUGCUUCCCGCCCCACCCCACACAGCUCAGCCCCACUAGAGCGCGGAGUUCAGGAGGAGAAGGGGACGCGGGGCUCCGGCAGGCAGCGCAGCUGCUCCCACGCCUGGCCAGUCCAGCUCUUCCUCACCGGGACCCCCUUUUGGGUGUCUGCUCCCAGGACCCCCCUCCUUCACUUGCCUCUUUUGUGGAUGCAGAAUAUUUCAGGACCAGGAGCCUCCUGCACAGCCUGGCCGGUGAAGUUACCGGGGGAGCAGAGGCCUGGCUGCUGGUGGCUCUGACAGCCGCUCCGCAGCUACUGUCAAAAUCAGGCUUCACUCCCGACGCUGGUACCGGAGAAAUCACUCAUAACCACCUUCCUCCACUUUUAAAACUCAGUUCAGGUUGUCCAAUUCUGUACUAUUUAUCUCCACUUUAAAAAGGUUUCCUGCGAGCUGCCGCUCUGAAUGUACAUCAUGCAAUAACCGUCGCGUUAGCGGAGUCCGACCUCGGCCGCAGCCUGUGUCCCUGCCCGACGGGCAGGUCACUGUACAGGGGACACUCUCUUACCACAAUAAACCUUUCCUGA